CAAAUAAUAGGUGCUUAAUACAUGCUAGUUGACUGACUGGUUGUUGAUAGCUUGGAUUUUUGCCUUUGAAAACUGAAUGACGGGACUUUCAACACAUUUCCAAUGUACUCAGAGCUCAUCAGAGAAAAAGCAAUUGAAGAAUGUCAAACGUGCUCAGGGAAUAAUAAGAGGAACCCCUCCCCCACCCCUUUUAUCCCAAUGUCAUUAAAAGAAUUUUUUUACGUUCAGAAAAAUAAUUUAUAUAAAUCAAAACCCACCACCCCUAAACAUAGUAAUUUUUCCAAGCAUUCCUCGGUCCCCUUUUUUUUUUUCCUCUUUUUGCCGCAGUUCUGCACUACGCAGCUGUAAGGUUUGCUGCAGUCUCUCUCUCUGGUCCCUAGGGACAGCAUCUCCAAAAUAAACAGGAUUGGUCUCUAGAGCUGGCUGCAUCCGUCCAGCACUCUAGCAGGCUACUCUUGAAGGCUAGGCAAACCUUAGGAUGCUAAUAUCUCUAGAGCAGUCUUAAACAGACAUAGCUCUUUUAAAUAGAUAGGCACCUGUACAUCGCCUAAUUUGAAUCAUCUAAUUCUUCAUUGCCAGGUUCUUGGUGCUCAGAGGAUGUGGAACGGGAACGCGAAUACGCCGGAGAAGGCCGCCCAGGCCCCAGCCCGGGAGGUGGUCCAGCAGAAGCCGACCCCAGACCCAGCCGUGGAGGUGAUGGAGCAGAAGUCGACCACCGCUCCAGGCCGGUAUGGGCUCAUGCAGAAGGCCGGGCUGCCCCCAACCCCUGUACGGUGCGGGAUCCUGCAGAGGGCCGGCCCGGCCCCGGCCCCCGCCCCAGCCCGGGAGGUGAUGCUGCAGAAGGCAACCCCGGGCCCCGCCCCUGCCCAGGAGGGGGUCUGGCAGAAAGCAACCCCGGGCCCGGCCCCAACACCAGCCCCGGCCCCGGUCCCGGUCCCAGCUCCGGCUCCAGCCCCAGCCCCAGGGGGGGUCCGUCAGAAGGCAACCCCGAGCCCCGCCCCUGCCCAGGAAUGGGUCCGGCCGAAAGCAACCCCGGGCCCCGCCCCAGCCCAGGAGGGGGUCCGGCCGAAAGCAACCCCGGGCCCCGCCCCUGCCCAGGAGGGGGUCCGGCCGAAAGCAACCCCGGGCCCCGCCCCAGCCCAGGAGGGGGUCCGGCCGAAAGCAACCCCGGGCCCCGCCCCUGCCCAGGAGGGGGUCCGGCCGAAAGCAACCGCGGGCCCGACCCCGGCCCCAGCCCAGGAGGGGGUCCGGCCGAAAGCAACCUCGGGCCCGGCCCCGGCCCCAACCCCAGCGCAGGAGUGGGUCCGGCCGAAAGCAGGCCCGGCCCCAGCCCAGGAGUGGGUCCGACAGAAAGCAACCCCGGGCCCGGCCCCGGCCCCGGCCCCGGCCCCAGCCCAGGAAGGGGUCCGGCCGAAAGCAACCCCGGCCCCGGCCCCAGCCCAGGAGGGGAUCCGGCCGAAAGCAACCCCGGUCCCGGCCCCGGCCCCAGCCCAGGAGGGGGUCCGGCCGAAAGCAACCUCGGGCCCGGCCCCGGCCCCAGCCCCAGCGCAGGAGUGGGUCCGGCCGAAAGCAGGCCCGGCCCCGGCCCCGGCCCCUGCCCAGGAGGGGGUCCGGCCGAAAGCAACCCCGGGCCCGACCCCGGCCCCAGCCCAGGAGUGGGUCUGGCCGAAAGCAGGCCCGGGCCCGGCCCCUGCCCAGGAGGGGGUCCGGCCGAAAGCAACCCCGGGCUCGGCCCCGGCCCCAGCCCAGGAGUGGGUCCGGCCGAAAGCAACCCCAGGCCCGGCCCCGGCCCCAGCCCCAGCCCAGGAGUGGGUCCGGCCGAAAGCAAACCCGGGCCCGACCCCGGCCCCAGCCCAGGAGUGGGUCCGGCCGAAAGCAGGCCCGGCCCCGGCCCCUGCCCAGGAGGGGGUCCGGCCGAAAGCAACCCCGGGCCCGGCCCCGGCCCCAGCCCCAGCCCGGGAGGGGGUCCGGCCGAAAGCAACCCCGGGCCCGGCCCCGGCCCCAGCCCCAGCCCCAGCCCAGGAGUGGGUCCGGCCGAAAGCAGGCCCGGCCCCGGCCCCUGCCCAGGAGGGGGUCCGGCCGAAAGCAACCCCGGGCCCGGCCCCGGCCCCGGCCCCAGCCCCAGCCCAGGAGUGGGUCCGGCCGAAAGCAGGCCCGGCCCCGGCCCCUGCCCAGGAAGGGGUCCGGCCGAAAGCAACCCCGGGCCCGGCCCCAGCCCAGGAGGGGGUCCGGCCGAAAGCAACCCCGGGCCCGGCCCUAGCCCAGGAGGGGGUCCGGCCGAAAGCAACCCCGGCCCGGCCCCGGCCCCGGCCCCAGCCCAGGAGUGGGUCCGGCCGAAAGCAACCCCGGGCCCCGCCCCUGCCCAGGAGGGGGUCCGGCCGAAAGCAACCCCGGGCCCGGCCCCGGCCCCGGCCCCGGCCCCAGCCCAGGAGUGGGUCCGGCCGAAAGCAACCCCGGGCCCCGCCCCUGCCCAGGAGGGGUCCGGCCGAAAGCAACCCCGGGCCCGGCCCCGGCCCCGGCCCCAGCCCAGGAGUGGGUCCGGCCGAAAGCAACCCCGGGCCCCGCCCCUGCCCAGGAGGGGGUCCGGCCGAAAGCAACCCCGGGCCCGGCCCCAGCCCCAGCCCAGGAGGGUCCGGCCGAAAGCAACCCCGGGCCCCGCCCCUGCCCAGGAGGGGUCCGGCCGAAAGCAAUCCCGGCCUGGUCCCGCCCCGGCCCCAGCCCAGGAGGGGUCCGGCCGAAAGCAAUCCCGGCCCGGCCCCGGCCCCAGCCCAGGAGGGGGUCCGGCCGAAAGCAACCCCGGCCCCGGCCCCAACCCAGGAGGGGGUCCGGCCGAAAGCAACCCCGGCCCCGGCCCCAGCCCAGGAGGGGGUCCGGCUGAAAGCAACCCCGGGCCCGGCCCGGCCCAGCCCAGGAGGGGUCCGGCCGAAAGCAACCCGGGCCCGCCCCGCCCCAGCCAGGAGGGGGUCCGGCGAAAGCAACCCGGGCCCGCCCAGCCCAGGACUGGUCCAGGAGGGGGUCCGGCCGAAAGCAACCGCGGGCCCCGCCCCCGCCCCAGUCCAGGAGGGGGUCCGGCCGAAAGCAACCCCGGGCCCGCCCCGCCCCAGUCCAGGAGGGGUCCGGCCGAAAGCAACCGCGGGCCCGCCCCGCCCAGUCCAGGAGGGGGUCCGGCCGAAAGCAACCCCGGGCCCGGGCCCGGCCCCUGCCCAGGAGGGGUCCGGCCGAAAGCAACCCCGGGCCCGGCCCCUGCCCAGGAGGGGGUCCGGCCGAAAGCAACCGGGCCCGGCCCCAGCCCAGGACUGGGUCCGACCUAAAGCAACCGCGGGCCCCGCCCCAGCCCAGGAGGGGAUCAGGCCGAAAGCAACCGCGGGCCCCGCCCCAGUCCAGGAGGGGGUCCGGCCGAAAACAACCUCGGGCCCCGCCCCUGCCCAGGACUGGGUCCGGCAGAAAGCAACCGCGGGCCCCGCCCCAGUCCAGGAGGGGGUCCGGCAGAAAGCAACCCCGGGCCAGGAGGGGGUCCGGCAGAGAGCUACCCCGGGCCCCGCCCUUGCCCAGGAGGGGGUCCGGCAGAAAGCGACCGCGGGCCCAGCCCCAGCCCAGGAAGGGGUCCGGCAGAAAGCGACCCCGGGCCCCGCCCCUGCCCAGGAGGGGGUCCGGCAGAAAGCAACCGCGGGCCCGGCUCCAGCCCAGGAGGGGGUCCGGCAGAAAGCAACCGCGGGCCCGGCUCCAGCCCAGGAGGGGGUCCGGCAGAAAGCAGCCCCGGGCCCCGCCCCGCCCCAGUCCCAGCCCCAGCUCGGGAGGUGGUCCCCCAGAAGCCUAACCUAGCUAAGGUGAAGACCGACCCUGCCCCGGUCCGGGAGGUGGCCCGGAACAAAGCCAUCCCGCCCCCGGCCCGGGCCCCAGCCCCAGCCCCGGCUCCGG